AUGAGGUCACAUCCGAUAAUUGAUGAAUCUGCCUUUAUGAAUUCUGAGGAAGAAAAUGAUACUUUAAAGCUACAAAAUUUGUUAGAAAACGGUGAGACUUUACCCGUAAUAAAGCAGCUAUAUUCCCCUGACGUUAAAGAACGUGCGUGGGCUGCAAGUUGUUCUUCAAAUCUCAUACUGGGUGACAAAAAGAUUCGUCGUUUACUAUUAUCUCAAAAUCUUAUUAAAGCUCUCAUUGAGCGAUUGACUGAUGAUUACGAAAUAUUAAAAGAAGCUCUCGGCACAUUAAGGAACCUUACGAUCGUUGGUGAGCAUGAAGUCUGUGUUGAAAUGUACAGAGAAGAUAUACUUACUCCACUAAUGGCAUUGGUUUCCAAAGUUUCCGAAGUUAUCGAUAAUAUUAUCAAAGGAAUUCCUGCCGAAUCAGAUCCCCUUGUAGAUGCGAGAAACACUAUAUGGAAAUCUGCGGAAAAUAUUAUCUAUAUAAUUUUGGCAUUGAGUGAAACUUCCCAAGAAGUACUUAGAGGCAUAAAUAAUACGAAUAUUGUUCCAUUUUUGAUGUCUUGUCUUAUCCAGUCUUGUACUAUUCCCACCCAAACGGUCAUUGCUGCUUGCCAAUGUCUACACACCUUGACGGACGACAACCCUGAUGUUCAUAUUCACUUUCAGCAGAAUCCACAAUAUGCGCAAUCGUUAUUGAACGCCAUUAAUCUUGAUGAAGCCGCUCUUCCGUCAAAAGAACAUUUGUUGUUUAUCAAAGUCUUAUGCUGUGGAAUUCUAUCGAAUCUUUAUUCCGUUGUCGACCUUCCUAUAUCCAAAUCGGAGCCCAUAAUGAAUUUAAAUAAUUAUUUGAUGCCUGUACUAAUAUCUUGUUUGGCUCUUGAUAUAAAUAAGGCUGCGGACGAAGCUAUUGAAAAUGUUUCAGAGAUUGAUAAUGCUCAAUGUCCGGAAACCACAAAAGACCUUCCAAAAUAUACAAUACCAAUAGCAGAAAAUAAUUUAAAUAAAAUCAAUGUACAAUUAAUGACUUUACAACUUGCUCUUGAAAUUUUGUCAAAAAUUUUCUUGGAAUGUUUUUCCAAAGAUGGUGAUGAUGAUGGGUGGCAAGAUGAGUCCCAAGAAGACAAUGACAUUAAUGUUAAAGAAGAUAGCAUAAUGGAAGAUAUCAUUAUAAUGGGCGUAAAUCAACCCGAUGAGCAAUCAAAAAUUCAUCCAAUAUUAAAUAAUUUUGCUACUAUUAUCUUACCAAAACUUUUUAGUUUAGCCUACCCAACACACUUAUCAUUUCCAGAACAACUUGGUCCUAACGUUUUGCCAAUGCCCUCAGUUGCUCCAGAAAUCACGUCAUCGCUUGCAACAGUGCAUCUAAGAGCAAUUGAAUGCAUUAACAAUUUCCUUUUAGUAAUGGUAGAUAAUGUUGAAGAUAAAUGGUGGUUUACGCAGCAUCGAGAGGAUGCUAAACAAGCAUGGACACUGCUGUUUGAAUUGGGAAGCCAAGUUACCGGAAAAGGAAUAGGCGAGCCAGGACAAGAAAGUAGAGUUAAAAUUCUGGAUGCAUUAAUAGGAUGCCUUUGGACUUUGGCUAGAGGAUUGGAUGGCAAUGCGCCUGUUACUGGUGACCAAAUUCGCAGUUUGAUUUGUUGCUACGAGUCAGGUGUAUAUGAUACAAUGCGUGUAAAGACAAUUGGUACAUUAGGCAUGAUUGCAAGGCGACAAAACGCUAUUGAUGAUAAUAAGCUGAUAGGAACGUUCUUGUUCAAUAUCCUAAGCCUCUUAAAAAAUGAUUCAACGUCUCCGGAAUGUGUAGUCGAAGUUCUUAACUCUAUAUAUGACGUAUAUGCCGACAAAGAUUUUGAUUAUGAUGAACCUGUUUUUGUUCAAGGCGGUUAUUUGCCUUUACUCGAAAAUACGGCUAAAUCCAUUGACAAGAGAACGUCACGUGAUUUGCGUUUCCGUGCAGACGAAGCUCAUGAGAAUCUUAUCGCAUUUAUAAAGUAUAAAAGAGAUGAACGACGUUAA